GUCCUGAUGGGUCACUGUUCAGCAGCACAUCGUCACGUGGCUCCUGGUCUUUAAAAUCCUUCCUGUAUGAGCUUUCAUAAUAAAAGCGUUUUAAUGUGCAGGCAGCGGUAGACUUUUACAGUGAAGGCUUAAUUUCACACGGAGUCACCUGCAGCUCCUCCGUCAGCAGCGGCCUCCUGUAAAGCCGGUUCCUGCGGUGUUUAUUGCGAAUCUCUGGUCAGAAAGGUUCCGGUUCCUGGAGCCGGAACCCUCUGAGCUCUGUGUACGCAAGACUGGACAGCCAAUCACAGCAGAGGACAGCGGGUCGCCAUGGUAACCGCGCAUUGUUUGGGGAAGGGCAGCCUCGGUGUCAAACCUCAGCGGAAAAUAAAAACCCUGAAACCGAUGGCGGGGACGUCGAGGCACGAUCGAGAGAUGGCGAUGAACGCCAAACGUCGGCUGUCGGCGUGUUCGGACCCGGUGGAGAGACUCCGGCUGCAGUGCCUGGCCCGAGGAUCGUCGGGGAUCAAGGGUCUGGGCAGAACCUUCAAAAUAAUGGACGAUAACAACAACCGCUCCCUGGACUUCAAGGAGUUUCUGAAGGGUUUAAACGACUACGGGAUCCUGAUGGAGAAGCAGGAGGCCACGGAUCUGUUUCAGCACUUCGACCGCGAUAGGAACGGGACCAUCGACUUCGACGAGUUCCUCAUCACUCUGAGGCCCCCCAUGUCAAAGGCCAGGAAGGAGGUGGUCAUGCAGGCGUUCCGGAAGCUGGAUAAGACAGGUGACGGGGUGAUCACCAUUGAAGACCUGCGGGGGGUUUAUAACGCCAAGUACCACCCCAAGUAUCAGAACGGAGAGUGGACAGAGGAUCAAGUCUUCAGGACAUUUCUGGACAGCUUUGACUCUCCGUACGACAAAGAUGGAAAGGUGACCAGAGAGGAGUUUGUCAACUAUUACUGUGGAGUCAGCGCCUCCAUUGACCACGACGUCUACUUUAUUCUAAUGAUGAGAAAUGCCUGGAAGCUCUGAAUCAAAUCAGAGGAAUUGAACUGUCCUUAAUUAUGCUGAAGACAGAUAAAGUACGUGGCCUUUAAACAAUCAGGAUGCAUUUGUAAUGAAUUACCAUUCUGGUGUGUUAAGUUCAUUAGAUCUAUAGCUUUGUAAUCAGCUAGUUAUAAAUAAUUUCUUUCAAAAUAAAGGUAGUGAGUAUCAUGGUUUAUAGAGUGAUUCUGGUCACUUUGUCAAUUUUUAAAAGUAGUAAAAUAGUAAAAUAUAAGUUAAAAUAUUAUCUUAAUGUGUACCCUAUCAUGUUGUAAUGUGGGUAAACAUGAGGAGACUUUAGGUUUCAUUUCCAUUUUUCUAUUUUAUUGUACUUUGAUAUGCAACAUGAUUGGUGUUGUUUAAA